AUUUCUCUCUGAGUUCGCCCGCAUUUGCAGUCCAGAGGGGAACCGCAGCCGAUGUCCCUUGCAGCACUCCACACAUUAUUUAUUUUGAGAUUUCCUUUCAACACUGACAUUGCUGCCAACUAAAUGCGUGUGGGUGGUAGAGGGACAGAGCAGGGAUAGACAGAUAGAUAGAUCUUUGUUUUCGUCAACGACGCCCACUCUCUACUUGCUCCGUAGAACUUCUAACGAAGCCGACUGAGGAUGGACGGGAACAGAACCAGCGACCCGAGCUGCAGGGACAGACCUCCCGUGGCCAUCGACAUAAUUUUCCAGUUGGACAUCUUUGGUAUCAUCCUGUACUCUGUGCUGACCUUCAUGGCAGCGGUGUCCAUGCUGGUCUACAUAGAGGAGUGUUGGUACAUCUACCAGAAGGUUCCCUCCCACAAGAAGAGCGCCAUCAUCUGGGUCAACGGGGCAGCGCCGGUGAUCGGCACCAUGUCCUGUCUGGGGAUGUGGAUUCCCCGAGCCACCAUGUUCACUGACAUGACCUCCGCCUGCUACUUUGCGAUCGUAGUGUUUAAGUUUCUGGUGCUGAUGAUUGAGGAAGUGGGGGGUGACGAGGCAUUUCUACGGCGUGCAGGGGAAAACAAACUGAGGAUCAGUACUGGUCCCUGCUGCUGCUGCUGCCCCUGUCUACCCCAUGUUAACAUCACACGACGGAGUCUGUUCCUGCUGAAAUUGGGAUCGUUCCAGUUCGCUGUGCUAAAGAUCGUCUUCACCAUACUGUCAAUCAUCCUCUGGACCAAUGACAACUUCGACAUCGCAGACAUGGCGAUAACGGGAGCAGCUAUCUGGAUUAACCCAGGUGUGGGGGUUCUGACCAUCAUAGCACUGUGGCCUGUAGCCAUCAUGUUCAUGCACCUCAGGAUCACGCUGCGCAGCCUCAAGAUCAUCCCCAAAUAUGCCAUGUACCAGUUGGUACUGGUGCUGAGUCAGCUCCAGUCGGCCAUCAUCAACAUCCUGGCUUUGAACGGAACCAUCGCCUGCACCCCGCCAUACUCCUCACAGGCCAGGGGAUACUUGAUGAGUCAACAGUUGUUGAUCCUGGAGAUGUUCAUCAUCACCUUGGUAACCCGCCUGUUGUACCGCCGCCAGUAUGACCCACUCCCUGAUGACGAGCAUGACGAUGAACUCACCAAGAGGGUUCUACCGGCUCUAACAGCGUGAGGGCGAGAGAGACUGUAUCUGUGCGUGUGAAUGUGCAUGUAUUAGAGACAGUGUGUAUGUGUGGUUUUGUUAGAAAGGGAGAAAGUGUGUGUAUGCGCGAGUGUGUGUUCAAGAGAAAGAGUAUGUGUGUAUGUUAUGUUACACUGAGGUCUGCAGUAAGAAUUUAAUCAGUCAUGUCAUUUUCUGGGUGAGCAACGCUGUGAAGAUUGAUCACAACUCAUAAUCCCUCAGCCAGUGUGUUUGGAUGUGAUAGUGUUGCUAUUAUGUGACUGUAAUCUAAGAAUCAUUUCAGAAAUGUAUUUUUCCUCACAAGUUGUAUAUUUUGCCAUAGCCAUGGUGAACCUUAUAGUGUAUCAUCAUGAUCAAUUUAUAAUAUAUCAAUUUUAAAAAUUUGUUCUAGGA